AUCAACACGCAAUAUAUGUAUUCAUUAUUAGCGGAUGGUUACUUGUGGCAGUAACCUUUAUCCUGUGCGGAGUUUUUGUCAUCCUAAACAAUGCAAUUUCCGACACUUGCAUGGCCAUGGGAGAAUGGGUGGAAAAUCCUCGUGCAGAAACUGCUCUUAGCAAUAUCCUUCCUUGUGUGGACCAAAGAACCACAAACCAGACAUUAUUUAAGAGUAAACAAGUGAUCAAUGAUAUUGUCAAUAUUGUCAAUCAAUACAUAGACUCUGCUGCCAAUGCAAACCCGCCUCCCCAGGCAGUUCCUUAUUAUUUCAAUCAAUCGGGCCCAGCAAUUCCUCAUCUCUGCUAUCCUUACGACUCACAACUGCAAGAUCGCCAGUGUACAGCUGAAGAAGUUACAAUGGCAAAUGCUUCCUUGGUUUGGCAGAAUUAUACUUGCAACGUGUCAGCUUCUGGAUUCUGCAGCAGUGUUGGAAGAUUGACUCCACAAAUGUACUGGGAGUUGGUGGCUGCGCUAAACAUUAGUUAUGCUCUUGAACAUUAUACCCCGCUACUACUGAGUCUCCAGAACUGUGAUUUUGUACGCGAUACAUUCCGAGAAAUCACUUUGUUCUACUGUCCUCCAUUAAAGCACUCUCUUCAGAUUGUAAAUGCCGGACUGGCCCUUAUCUCAGUAGGGGUCAUGCUUAGUCUUGCUCUGUGGAUACUAUAUGCCAACCGCCCCCAAAGGGAGGAAGCGUUAGCUAAGAUUUCUUCACGAAUACGAAGAAGCUGCAAUGGUAAGACGAGUUUCAAACACUACAAAACUGCAUUAUCAGCAAGAUUCCAGACACUCGGAGCUUAGACUAGAUUCUUUACUAAACUUAGCAGGUAAAAGGUUAAAAUAUAUAUAUUUUUUCUCGUGUUAGCCGAGCUUGAAGUGGGGCGAAGCACCAUUUCCAGUUAUGAGCUGUUGGUCAUUAUUGUACUAUGCUAGUAAAACUACAAUAAUUAUAUGCAGUUUUGUGAAGUUCAUCUAAUGUAAUAUGAUAAUUAAAUAUGAGUUAUGCUCAGAGUAUUGACCAUUUA